GCCGUUGCUUCAAGUUGUGUUGAAUUGUUAACAAAUAGUUUGUUUUGUUAAAAAUAAACGAAAAAUAUAAGCAAACAAUUCAAGAAUGAGCGCGCAAGUGGAAGCAGAGAAGACUGGGGCGACAAAGCCAGCCAACUUCUUUGUCAUGCAAGCGUUAUUCGAGCGCACACUGGAGCAGGCUAUUGAGCAAAAAAACAUUGAGCCCUUGUUAAAGGAAUACUCAGGAAUACCCAACUCAGAGCACGAUAAGCGUUCGCCUAUGGAUCAGGCCUUUCGCGAAGUACUCAUGAAACGUGUGAACGAUGACGUGCAGCUGAUUGGUGCGCUAGUGCGUCUGUCUGUGGCUGCGGCGCGUGCUGAAAUUGUGGUCAACACGAUACCUGUGGUGCUGCUGGGCGAUACCUUUGAUGUCAUUACAUUGGACAAGUGUGAGCAGAUAUUUACGUUUGUGGAGGAGCUGGUAGAAGUGUGGAAGGAGGAAUUAUUCUUUGCUUCCUGCAAGAACAAUCUGCUACGCAUGUGCAACGAUCUACUGCGUCGACUGUCCCGCACUCAAAAUACUGUCUUUUGUGGGCGCAUAUUGCUGUUUCUAUCCAAGUUCUUUCCUUUUUCCGAGCGCUCUGGCUUGAAUAUUGUGUCCGAGUUCAAUUUGGAUAACUUUACGGAAUAUGGACUGGAUAGCAAGGAGCAUGAUGAUAUUGAUAACAAAGAGUUGGAGGAUACAGCUGAGGAUAUACCACUAAAGAUUGAUUACGAUUUAUACUGCAAAUUCUGGUCAUUGCAGGACUUUUUUCGCAAUCCCAACCAAUGCUACAACAAGGCUCAAUGGAAAAUGUUUCAAACGCAUGCAGAGACAAUACUACAGUCAUUUUCAAGCUUUAAAUUGGAGGACGCACGUCCUUCCAUAGACAACCAUAGCAACAGCGAUGCUGCGGCACAGGCCAUGGAUGUGGAUUUGGAUAAUGCUGCUGGUGAAGCGGGCCUAACAAAUAUAGUGAUUAAGGCGCAUCAUUUCUUUGCAAAAUUUUUAACCAAUCCCAAGCUCUUGGCGUUACAAUUAUCCGACUCAAAUUUUCGACGUGCUGUCCUGGUUCAGUUUCUUAUACUCUUCCAGUAUUUACAAGUCAGCGUUAAGUUUAAGAACGAGUCUUAUACGCUGAGCAGCGCACAGUCUGAGUUUAUUAAAAAGACAGAGCAACGUGUGUUCAGUUUGCUUGAGGAGACGCCGCCUUCAGGUCGACGCUUUGCACGCACAGUGCAGCAUAUGCUGCAACGCGAAGAGAUGUGGAACAAUUGGAAAAACGAUGGCUGCAAGGAGUUCAAAAAGCCAGAACAGCUAGAUGCUAUCGAAGAUGAAGCUAAGCCCACACCUGCCAAGCGAGCCAAACGUCCUUUGGGCGAUUGUCUGCGCGAAGCUGCGCGCAAUGGCAAGUUCUAUCUCGGCAACGACAAUCUUACGCGUCUGUGGAAUUACUCGCCCGAUAAUUUGCAAGCCUGCAAAAGUGAACAGCGCAAUUUUCUACCACUGCUCGAAACCUAUUUGGAAACGCCACAUGAUAAGAAUGAUCCUGCCUUUGAAUGGCGUGCGCUGCGUUUGCUGGCACGCCAAACACCGCAUUUCUUUACAUUUGUCUCGCAGCCAUCGAGCAAAGUGUCUGACUAUUUGGAUACUGUGCGCAAGCGUUUGAUACGCGAAAAGGAGCUGACCAAACAGGUUAACACAGCAUGCGCUGCGUCGGAGCAAAACAAUGGCGCGAGUGCCAGCAGCACGCCAGGCGAGCAGGAGCAUGAAGCUGCGGUGGCCUUACAGGAGAUUGAACCUGAGCAGGCCUUGGAGGUGGAAGACACAGACACUGUCGUAGAUGUCGUAGAUUCGGAUGAAACGCCAGCGCAUGAGAAACCGUUGAUGGUGACAAAGGCACACAUUGAUGAAAUAACACCGCUGAUUGGCGAGCCCUGGAUGCGUGUGGGCAAGAAGAUUGGCUUUACCAACGAUGAGGUGCUGUUCUUUCAAAUGGAACAUGCCACACCCGAACUGGCGUGCAGUAAAAUGCUGAACAACUGGAUCUCUGAUGAUGAUGAUGCCACGCUAGACAACUGGGCUUACAUGCUGGAGGGUUUGGAAAUGCACAAGGCGGCGGAAGCAGUCAAGGCUAUUAUCGAGCGCGAAAAAGCGAGCAUUGCUGCAGCGCAACUUACAGCUCAGCUCCAAUCGGCAGUGGAGGAGCUGUCUAGCAAUAAUGACGUUGAAAUAUUGUCAGAGUAAACAAAAUCAAAUAGCGAAAGCUUAUGGUUUGCUAGUAGUAUAUUCGUCAAAUUCAUUUUUUAUCACAUAAUAAACGGGUGCGCCAA